UGCUGCAUAGCCCUUGUGCGCUUGAGUCUGAGCGAGUGAGAAGGAAAGAGAGAGAGAGAAAGAGAGAGAGAGAGCGAGAGAGGUGGAAAGGGAAUUUCGGAAUUUUCGUCUGCAAACUUGGAACUGCGCCGUUGCUAAAACAAUGGCCUAAACGACUAUCUGGCUUGCUCGUGUGUCCUCUCCACGUGUGUGCAUUUCGGGUUAUGAGCAGGAGCAAGAUAUUACAACACAUACUCUGGUGGAACAGCAGAAAACCCAGAUAUCAUUCCCUGCAGCCCCUCCACUCCCACGGCUGACCCAGCUAGCGGGAGCAGGAUGGAGACGUCAUUUGGUCCAACCUUCUCAGCCGUGGCUGCUGGAGCUAAAGCAGAAUCAUCCAGCUCCUAUAAGCAGCACAGAAGAACUCCCUCCUCCUCCAGUACAUUAACAUAUUCCCCUCGGGAUGAUGACGACGGAAUGCCACCCAUUGGUACUCCGAGGAGGUCGGAUUCGGCCAUCUCUGUGCGAUCUCUCCAUUCAGAGUCCACAAUGUCCCUGCGGUCCACUUUCUCUCUGCACGAAGAGGAGGAAGACACCGAGCCGCAGGUAUUUGCUGAACAGCCGUCAGUAAAACUAGGCUGCCAGUUGUGCUGUAAUGUUUUCAAGGACCCCGUCAUCACUACAUGUGGGCACACCUUCUGCAGACGAUGUGCCUUGACCUCAGACAAGUGCCCUGUGGAUGCAGCGAAGUUAACGGUUGUGGUGAACAACAUAGCGGUUGCCGAGCAAAUCGGCGAGCUGUUCAUUCACUGUAAAUAUGGCUGUAGGGCCACAGUUAGCAGUGCAAGUGUAGGUGCAGCCUCCAAUUCCACCGUGGCGGGGAAGCCGGGCGCUUAUGAAGUGGAUCCUCUGGGCUGCCCAUUCACGAUCAAACUAUCCUCACGCAAAGAACAUGAGGUCAGUUGUGACUACAGGCCAGUCCGGUGCCCCAACAACCCCUCCUGCCCCCCGUUGCUCACCAUGAACCUAGAGGCUCAUCUGAAAGAAUGCGAGCACAUCAAGUGUCCCCAUUCCAAAUACGGGUGUGCUUUCAUCGGUAACCAGGACACAUAUGAAACACACCUAGAGGUGUGUAAAUUUGAAGGGCUGAAGGAAUUUCUGCAGCAGACUGAUGACAGGUUCCAUGAGAUGCAGUUGACUUUAGCCCAAAAGGACCAAGACAUUGCUUUCCUGCGCUCCAUGUUGGGCAAACUAUCAGAGAAAUUAGAUCAGCUAGAGAAGAACCUGGAGCUCAAAUUAGAUAUGCUUGAUGAAAAUCAGAGUAAACUGGGUGAGGACCUGAUGGAAUUUCGUCGAGAUGCCUCUAUGCUCAAUGAUGAGCUGUCCCAUAUCAAUGCUAGACUCAACAUGGGAAUCCUGGGAUCUUAUGACCCUCAGCAGAUUUUCAAGUGCAAAGGCACUUUUGUUGGCCACCAGGGACCUGUAUGGUGUCUGUGUGUCUACUCCACCGGAGACCUGCUCUUCUCUGGUUCCUCCGACAAGACUAUUAAGGUAUGGGACACGUGCACCACCUACAAGUGUCAGAAAACCCUGGAGGGACACGACGGCAUCGUGCUGGCGCUCUGCAUCCAGGGAAACCGCCUCUAUAGUGGCUCUGCAGACUGCACCAUCAUUGUAUGGGACAUCCAGACUCUACAGAAAGUCAACACCAUCCGUGCCCAUGACAACCCGGUUUGUACGCUGGUCUCCUCCCACAACAUGUUGUUCAGCGGCUCCCUCAAGGCCAUUAAGGUGUGGGAUAUUGUGGGCACAGAGCUGAAGCUGAAGAAGGAGCUGACUGGGCUAAAUCACUGGGUCAGAGCACUGGUGGCCUCCCAGAACCACUUGUACAGCGGAUCAUAUCAGACCAUCAAGAUUUGGGACAUCCGCUCCCUGGAAUGUGUCCACGUCCUGCAGACCAGCGGAGGCAGCGUCUACUCCAUCGCCGUCACCAACCACCACAUAGUGUGUGGCACCUAUGAAAACCUCAUCCAUGUGUGGGACAUUGAGUCCAAAGAGCAGGUGCGGACCCUGACAGGUCACGUGGGGACCGUUUACGCACUCGCUGUCAUCUCCACGCCUGACCAGACUAAAGUGUUCAGUGCCUCCUAUGACCGUUCACUCAGGGUGUGGAGCAUGGACAACAUGAUCUGCACCCAGACCCUACUCAGACACCAGGGCAGUGUAACAGCUUUGGCUGUCUCUCGAGGUCGCCUCUUCUCUGGAGCAGUGGACAGCACGGUGAAGGUGUGGACAUGCUGAAUGGACAAAGGGCCAACCCUGUGGACGCGCUUGUCCGUGUCAGAGAGACAUCAAGACAUCCUUUCCUCCUCGGUUGUUUGACUUCACCGCCACAAUCCAAUAAGUAUUUUCUUGAAGACCGCCAAGGUCAUCACGCUCCAGGGUUCAACUGAAGGUCCCCAGCGACCUCCUCAUCACACGUGCAUUAAGGCGGACACACAUGUGCGAUUGGCUGACUGGAUGCUCUGUGCCUGUAAAUGCACCCAGCGGACGGUCGAACUCAUGUCGAUACCUAACACUGCUCGAAGAACUUCUCAUGGCUGGUUUCACAAACAGUGUUCAUUCUCAACGCAGCCUCCUGAAUUUCCUGUUUACAGUAUUUUGUAAAACGAGAUUCCACUUCAGAGAGACUGUGGGGAAAAAAAAUGUCUCAUCAUUAACAUUUCUCCUCUUCUGCGAAGCUUUGCGAAAUCGGCCUUUAUCAGAGUAAAGUUUAAUAAAGAUGUAUGUUGUACUGGUCAGCCACUUGGGUCCAGUACUUGUGUAGAAUAACAGGAAACGCAAAUUUAUGUGUUUUAAUGAGUGCCAUAUGUCAGGAGCUCGAGGAUGAGCUCCUCUGAUUGUCUAACUUGGUGUGACACACGUUGUUACUGAAUCAUAAGUGUGGUCGCAGUCAACAGGAAGCCAUGGUGGACUCCAUAAAACUCCCAGACAAAGUGCCCAUAUUGGGUUAAAUAUCACUCCGUAGUCAUAGCAACAUGUCAACAACAGCCCGCAUCAGAUUUAUUAGCAGGCUGCACCCACAUAACAUUAGAUGACUUUCACAAAGUAUUUUGCUUUCAUGUUAGUGCACAUAUGACCACUACUUAGAGAUGUGUGUGUACAUGUAACCAUGUAAGCUUGAGUUGAUCAUCGAUCAAUAAAACUGUUGUACACUUUGGCAACAAAUUGUAUUCACGUGAUGAAAGUAAUUGUCUGCUUUACU